AUGAUGUUCUGCCCGGGCUUUCUUCCAAGGCUCCGACAUCUCAGAAGGCUGGUGAGUUUCGAAAGCUUGUCGGAACAGAUUACCCAUAUGUGCAAGCCCCUUGCACAUGGCCAGUCGCAUCCACGAUGGACGAGCGCGGGCGUGAGGGACCUGCAGUGUGGCGGGAGGGAUGGCGAGAAGAUCCGCUCCUCAGCCCUGGAACAGCCCCCGCGAAAAGGGCAAAGCAAGGAAGCUUUCAAAAGGGCCGCGCUUCAGAGGUUGAGGGACCAUGCGGCCAGCAAGGGCGGUCGAUGCAUUUCAGCAGCGUAUACGAAUUGCACGACACACGUCCAGUGGGAGUGCAAAUGUGGGCACAGGUGGGAGGCUACGCCGCGCAGUGUUCUGAAUUUGGUCAGCUGGUGUCCUCGCUGCGCCAUCACCAGGCGAGCACUCUGCUUGCACCAGCUACAGGAGCACGCAAGGGAACGAGGUGGCAGGUGCUUGUUCGACGAGUACCGGAACGCUCAUACCAAGGUCCGCUGGCAGUGCAAGCUGGGACACACCUGGGAGGCCACAGCGGCAAAUGUUCUGAAUACAGGGACCUGGUGCCCCGAGUGCGCCCGCACAAAGAAAUCAAGGUCCAAGCGCACCCUGCGGGACUUGCAGGAGCAUGCCGCCGCGCACGGUGGCAAGUGCUUGGCUGCCGAAUAUGCUGGCAUGGUGGCGAAAGUUCUGUGGCAGUGCGAGAAAGGCCACACAUGGCGUGCGAGCGCAAGCAGCGUGUUGAACCAGAACUCCUGGUGUCCGAUCUGCGCAAGGAGGGCGCCACUGGGAUUGGAGCGACUUCAAAGCCACGCUGCCCGCCUUGGCGGACAGUGCUUGGUCGAGCACUACAAGAACGCUCACACCAAGGUGCGAUGGAAGUGCAGCUCCGGCCAUGUAUGGCGAGCAACUGCUAGUAAUGUCGUCAACCGUGGCACCUGGUGCCCCGAGUGCCAGAAGAUCGGCCUGGCGCGUCUUCAGGAACACGCCGCGUCGAUGGGUGGGAGGUGCCUCUCCCAGACGUAUAGCAACCAAACUGUCAAUAUUCUUUGGGAAUGUCAGCAUGGCCACAGGUGGAAAGCGAGUGCCAAGAACAUCCUUCAUGGAAAGACCUGGUGCCCGCAAUGUGCAACCACCGCUUGGAAGACGGAAGCUGAGGUCCGAAGCAUUCUGGAAAGCAUAUUCGAUCCCGCAAGGUUUGAGUCGUCAUACCCGAAGUUUUUGGGAGGGUUGCAGUUAGACGGUUACUGUUCUGAGCUAUCCUUGGCGUUCGAGUAUCAGGGCGAGCAACACUUCGAUGUUGACAACUAUUUCCAUUUUGGCGACUCCACCAGCUUUCAGAGUCAGCUGGAGAGGGAUGCGAGAAAGCUCCAGCUUUGCGAAGAGGCCGGCGUGCGUCUUCUGUUGGUGCCGUACUUCGUCAAUGACAAGCGCCUGUUUGUGAUCACGGCUCUACUUCAAUGGUUCUCCAUCGCGCAGGUCACGCAUCCAAUGUUGCCAGACGCCCUAAAGUACUUGAGCAGCUCAGACCAGUGA